UUCCUCGUUUAUUAGAUCGCUUUAAACCGAUAGCUUAUUAGAUUACUGAUAGUCGUAUUGAAAUUAGACUUUUCCUCUAUUAAGUUAGCUCAACAAUGAUUAUAAAUUUCUCGGUUGGAUAAACCGCGAGAAAGGAUGUUACAUCUAUUUUUAGGUAAUAACUGAUAUAUCGUCGAAUAGAAAAACGCAAAAAAGAAAAACGGAAUCAAGAGAAAAGGAUAGCCAAUGUUGCAACGGAUGCAAAUAAACGAAAAAACAAGUUUUCUUAUUCUUGGGUCGAUAGUGUGAUACAUUUGUUAUCCCUUGCUUUUUGCGGGGUUUUUCGUUGAAUUGAAUUUUUGUCGAUGGUUCAGGUACAGUUUUCUAACUUCUGACUUGAAUAUAAAUUUAUAUAGAUAUUAGAAACGAACAACUAUAAGGAAUCAAAAAAUGAAUACUUAUAUCCGGUCGCGUUAUCAUUUCCCCUUCUUCGUUAUGUGCCUCCUCCGCGUCAACUUUUACCAUUAUACUGCUCUUAGUCUCUUAUCCACGUUACCUUUCCCUUUUUGCGUUCAACGAGGAAACACGUGCAUGAGUAUAAAAUGAAUUCGCACAGAGAGCGUCGAUUCAGUUACUCGCAACAUGUGGUCGUGGUAUGUACGACCCAACUGUUGUUUGUAUCCAAAGAAUUUUGUGAAUAAAUAUUAGGCUCUCUCCUCCACUACUGGACCCGCUACAUACAAUCCUAAAUAACGUGUUACGUAUUUCGUUCGAGUUAGGAUCAUUAAAGUCAUUUACUAUUUAAUCCGGGUCACCAGGAAUUUGUACUUCACGUUUAUUUUGUUACGAUUCUCGAACGUCAAAGAAUAUUCGACAAGAUGAUAUCUGCCUGGAAAGCAUGCUGUGGACGGAUACCACAACGAUGGGUAUUUGCAGUAAUGGGAUUUUUGGCGUUGUUUAAUGCUUACGCGAUGAGAGUUUGCCUCUCGAUCACACUCACCGAGAUGGUACUGCCACCAGAUCCUACACACAACAAUGAUAACGCAAAUAUUUGCAAGAGAGAGGAGGAAUACCAUAAUACUCCGAAAACAGUAACUCCGAAUACGACCAAAUCAUCUUCGGACGCGGAGCUUUACGAUUGGGACGGAAUGACGCAGGGUGCAAUUUUAUCAUCAUUUUACUGGGGCUAUGUAGUAACUCAUGUGCCGGGCGGGAUACUGUCCGAAAAGUUCGGGGGUAAACAUUCUCUCGGCCUGGGCAUAUUGGCGACAGCGGUGUUCACUCUGAUUACACCGGUCGUUGUAAAAUAUGGCGGCUCAACGGGUCUGAUCAUAGAUCGCGUGUUGAUGGGUCUCUGCGAAGGCACAACGUUUCCGGCGUUGAACGCGUUGCUCGCCCAAUGGACGCCGCCGGAGGAAAGGUCGAAAAUCGGCUCGCUGGUGUUCGCAGGUGCUCAACUCGGUACGGUGUUUGCAAACUCGGUGUCCGGAAUGAUCCUUCAUUACUCGCCGAUAGGCUGGCCAGCUGUGUUUUACGUGUUCGGUAGCGUCGGAAUUGUCUGGUACUUGAUAUGGUUGGUAACGUGUUAUAAUAAUCCGGACUCGCAUCCGUUCAUUUCCGAGAGAGAGAAGGACUUUUUGCGCGAAAGGAUGCAAGACCAUACGCACAAAAAACCACCCUCGGUGCCAUGGCGGCAUAUUCUAACCUCUGUCCCAGUUUGGGCGCUGAUAACCGCGCAGGUCGGACACGAUUGGGGAUUCUUCACUCUGGUGAACGAUCUCCCGAAAUAUAUGAGCAACGUACUCAAAUACUCGAUCAAGAGCAACGGGCUGCUGUCCGCAUUACCGUACCUGACCAUGUGGAUUUGCAGCGUGGUUACAUCCUGUCUAGCCGAUUGGAUGAUCACAAGCGGUGUGAUGUCGCGCACCAACGUCCGAAAACUGGGCACAACUAUCGCUUCCCUUGGUCCAGGAGCGUUCAUUCUUGGCGCGUCCUAUGCCGAAUGCGAGAGAACAACUGUGGUCAUUAUGUUCACUAUUGGUACGACGUUAAUGGGCCCAUUUUAUCCAGGAAUGAAGGUCAACGCUCUGGAUCUCAGUCCGAAUUACUCUGGCACUUUGAUGGCCAUUGUAAACGGCAUAGGUGCUUUCAGCGGUAUCUUGACACCGUAUAUUGUCGGUGUGUUGACACCGAAUGAGACCCUCACUGAAUGGCGGAUCGUGUUUUGGAUCGUCUUUGGUGUUUUCGUCGUAACCAAUAUCGUUUUCAUACUUUUCGCGAGCGGAGAAGUCGAAUACUGGAACGAUCCUGAAUUUAUCAGACGAGAAAGGGAAGAGAAAAAAAUGAAAAUCAAGAAUGAACCGACACAGGUCCAGAAAACUGUUCCUUAAAG